CGCUCGCACAAGAUGGCGGUGGGGCGGCGGGAGAGUGCGCUCCCCUCGUAGAUGCGGCCGCGGCGGCCCCUGCUCCCGGCGCCCGGCGGGGCUUACAUGGCGCUGGAGGACCUGCUGCUUUGUCUCUGCUUCUCCGCCCUCGCUGUCCUGGCCGUGCAAGGGAGGCUGUCAGAAGGAGAUUCUCUGGAGCUGAGCUGUAGUGCUGGUCCUGCAAAGGUGAUACUGGAGCCAAACCAAGUGGUGAUUCUGGAUUGUAACCUGACUCCUGUUGAGCAAGUGAUCAAUAUCACAUGGAAGAAGAAUGGGUUUCCAUUAGUGGAGCAGGAACAUCUCCAUGUGCUUCCAAAUGGAUCGCUCUUCAUCUCAUCCCAGGCUGUGGCAAAGGACAGUAAAUAUCCCGAGAGGGCUGGUGCUGAGGGGAAUUAUUCCUGUGUGUCUCACACCUCCCUAGGGACUGUCACCAGUCAAACAGCUGCAGUCAGGUUUUCAACAUUAUCGCGCUUUGUCCAGCAGCCGGAGUCACAGACCGUGGAGGAAAAUGGCAUGGCCAGGUUUGAGUGCCGGAUCGAGGGGGUGCCCUCCCCUGUCAUCACCUGGGAGAAGGACCAUGAAGCUGUCCCAGCAGAACCCAGGUUUAUAACUCUUCCCAAUGGUGUCCUCCAAAUCGUGGAUGUGCAGGAGAGCGAUGCCGGGAUUUACCACUGCGUGGCAACCAACGCCGCCCGCAAGCGCUACAGCAACGAUGCCACCCUCAGCGUGGUGAAAGGUUCCCAGCCAGCAGGAGGAGAUGUCACCAUUGUUGCUGCUCCAGAGAACACCACGGUGGUGGCUGGGGAGAGUGUGGUGAUGGAGUGUAUGGCAGCUGCUGACCCCACCCCCUUUGUCUCCUGGAUACGACAAGAUGGAAAGUCCAUUUCCACAGAUGUGAUUGUGCUGGGCCGGACAAAUCUGCUCAUUCCUUCCAGCCAGCCCCAUCACUCCGGGGUGUACGUCUGCCGAGCCAACAAACCCCAGACCCGGCAGUUCGUCACCGCCGCGGCUGAGCUCCGCAUCCUCGCUACUCCCAGCAUCUCCCAGGCUCCUGAAACCAUCUCCCGCACCCGAGCCAGCACGGCCAGGUUUGUGUGCAAGGCAGAAGGAGAGCCAACCCCCACCAUCCACUGGCUGAAGAACGGGGAGCCCAUCCUCUCCAACGGGCGCGUGAAGGUGCAGAGCAGCGGCAGCCUCGUCAUCAACCAGAUCGGCCUGGAGGAUGCUGGCUACUACCAGUGUGUGGCUGAGAACAGCCUGGGCAUGGCCUGUGCCACGGCCAAGCUCUCGGUGAUCGUGCGGGAGGGUCUGCCCAGCGCUCCCAAGAAGGUCUCGGCCGUGUCCCUCUCCAGCAGCACCGUGCUGGUGUCCUGGGAGCGGCCGGAGCACAACAGCGAGCAGAUCAUCGGCUUCUCCCUGCACUACCAGCGAGCUGUGGGAACAGAUAAUGUGGAAUACCAGUUUGCUGUCAAUAAUGACACAACUGAGCUGCAAGUCAAGGAUCUGGAACCAAACACCAACUAUGUGUUCUACGUGGUUGCAUAUUCGCAGCUCGGGGCCAGCCGGACGUCCUCUUCCAUCGUUGUCCAGACCCUGGAGGAUGUUCCCAGUGCAGCCCCUCAGCUGUCCCUGUCGAGCAUGACUCCUGGUGACAUCCGUGUGACCUGGCUGCCUCCUCCUCCCGAGCUGAGUAAUGGCAAGAUAACCAAGUACAAGAUCGACUACUGCACCCUCAAGGAAGCAGAUCAGGUCACCUCCAUCGAAGUGGGUGGAAAUGAGACCCAGAUCACGCUGUACUCGCUCCAUCCCAACAAGGUGUACAAGGUUCGGAUUGCAGCCAGCACCAGCGUGGGCUACGGGGCCCCCUCCGAGUGGACCCAGCACCGCACUCCUGACAGAGACAACCAGACACAUGUUCCAUUUGCCCCGACAGAACUAAAAGUCCGAGCGAAGAUGGAAUCUCUCCUGAUAACGUGGCAGCCCCCAGCAAACCAUGCCCAGAUAUCUGGCUACAAACUCUACUACAGAGAGGUGGGCCCAGAGGAGUCCAGUGAUGAGAGCCCUUUGGAUGGUGCUGAAGAUGAGAGCUGGGAUGUAGGACCCAUAAAACUAAAGAAGAAAGUGAAGCAGUACGAGCUGACUCGACUAGCUCCUGGGAAACUGUAUGAGGUGAAGCUGGUGGCAUUCAAUAAGCACGAAGAUGGGUACGCAGCAGUUUGGAAAGGCAAAACAGAAAAGGCUCCUGCAACAGCAGUAGAUCCCCCUGUGCAGAAGGGGCCUCCACUGCCUCCAGUCCAAGUCUAUGCAGAGUCCAACAGCUCAACUUCCAUCUGGCUCCGCUGGAAGAAGCCUGACUUCACAACAGUCAAAAUUGUCAACUACACCGUGCGCUUCAGCCCCUGGGGCCUGAAAAACGCCUCUCUUGUGACAUACUACACCAGCUCAGAUGAAGACAUUCUCAUUAGUGGGCUGAAGCCCUACACCAGGUAUGAGUUUGCUGUGCAGUCCAACGGGGUUGGCAUUGACGGGCCCUUCGGCAGCGUGGUGGAGCGCUUCACCCUGCCUGACCGCCCCUCCACUCCUCCAUCUGACCUGAGGCUGCACCCUCUCAACCCCUACGCUGUGCAGGUGCACUGGUGCCCACCUGUGGAGCCCAAUGGCAUCAUUGUGGAGUAUCUCAUCCUGUACAAUGCCAACAACACCCAGCCAGAUGACAUGUGGACCUUGCUGACACGAGAAGGAAAUAUUUUCAGCACUGAAGUGCAUGGCCUGGAAAGUGAUACCAGAUACUUCUUCAAGAUGGGAGCAAAGACAGUGGUGGGAUCUGGUCCCUAUUCCAACGUGAAGGAUGUGCACACCCUCCGGGAGAAGCUGUCUGAUGUCCUGGAUAUCCACUCUGUGACAGGGAUCAUCGUGGGGGUGUGCCUGGGGCUGCUCUGCAUUCUCUUCUGUAUGUGUGCCAGCUUCCGGAACAGCAAGCACAGGGAGGCCCUGCCAGGCCUGGAUUCCCAGGCUGCUGGCAACCACAUGUACUACCACCGGAGCAGGCAAGGGGUGGCCUCUCCCAGUGCCACCUUGGACUCACAUGAGCUCGAGUCACUCAUGUCCCCACUCCCAGAGGAUGCGCCCGUGCCCCUGGGGGACAUCACAGAGCUGGCAGAAGUGCACAGCCUCAUCCACACCAGCCUCCCUGAGGACAUCUUCCAUGGGAAGAGAAAGUCUUCAUGGAAUAAAUCGGUCAACCAGGCCUGGACAAACAGCAUCACCAGAUAUGGGGAUACCAACACCAAAGAGCCUCUCUCUGCUGUCAAUGGGUCACUGAAGCUCCCCUCCAGUGCAGGGCAGAAGCUUCUCUUACAAGCUCUGGUUUAUGAUGCUGUGAUGAAUGAAGCAAAGAAAAGCCACCUGCCAGCCAGCCUCCACCAAGUAGAAGCAGAGGUCAUUGUCCAUUCUGAUUUUUCAGCCUCUGACAGAGACUACGACUCCCAGCUGCACAUCCUGGAGAGUGAAGAGACACAAAUGGAGGAGCAGGAGCCUGGAGAGCCCCCCUUGGCAGAGCUGGCUCUUCCCAUCUCUCCCAGUUCCCAGCAGGACACUGGCCAGGUGCUGGUGGACUGCACAGACAAUUUGGAGGCUCAGGCCCAGGCUGAGCUGCUCUGUACCGACACAGACACAAAGACUGACACACCAGAGGCUGUUUGCAUCCGUGGGCUCACCAAUGGCUUCCACAGGCAUGGAGAAAGUCUGGAUUCAGGGGAGAGUGGAGAUUCAGACUCCAUCCAGGAAGGCAGGAGUGAUGUGCAGCCAGUCAAGUGCCACUUGUUUUCCAUGGCACCUGAGGAGGCCCUGCUCUGUAGUAACUCUGGAUUAACCAGUCCAUCCUCAGCAGCUGAGAACAUGGCAUGUGUCCCCAGUCACAGAGAAUGAACUGAUCUGGUUUUGAUCACAGCAGAGCUGAAGCACGAGGAGAGCCUGUCCCUGGCAGGAGCUGGGCAGGUGCAGCAUCUCAGCAGAGCAGGGCUUGGAGCUGUCAGCUCUUCAGAGGCUUUGGGAAGCCAGGGGGGUUGGUAAGGGCCCCUCUUCCUGCCACUGAAGCUGAUGAGGAACUGGGUGUUGGUGGGAGCAGGACUGAACCAUCUGCCAAAGUCUGCCACAGAACCACCAUGGAGCAGAGCCUUGUGCACUGGGCUGGGGCUGGCACUUCAGCACAGCCCUCGAGGGGACUGGCACCACGUCCUGUAACGCUGGGAGGUGGCAGAGUGCACCGAGGGAUCCUUCCCAACCGCCUCUUCCCCAGGGAGUGCCCAGGCACUGCUGACUGCCUGGCAGCACUGGGAUGAAUUCUGGCACAGGAGUCCCAGGAGGGGGUGGAAGCCCUGGAAACAAAGGCAGUGAGCUCCAGAGUUGGGUUGUGUCUCUCUGUAGGAUUGUGUUUUGCUGCAGCUGCCAAAGGACACUGCUUUAGCUGGCAGGAUGUCGAUCCAUCUUUCCUCAACAAGCUUGUACUAACAAAUAGAAAGAAGAACCAGCAGUUGCAAAAGUAACCUGUGAUUCUGGGGGCAUGUAUUUCUUUUCCUUUGAGUGCCCAUGUGGAGACAUCUCAGAUGGUUUUGAUUUAGAGAGCAGCACUCAGCCUUCUGCAAGCAGUGGACUUGCUGAAAGCCUUGGAUGAACAAGUGACAUUUUCCAGUCACUUCUGAUAGUCCUGGCCAAAGUGCUUUUGGGUGGAUUUUUUUUGACGAGCAGAGUACCACCAGAGUUUUAAAAUAAAAAUGAAAUUUUUGGUCUCAUACCAGUCAAUCUGGCUUAAAAAUCAUCCAGUGACUCUUCCUGCUGAUGCUGUUUGCUUACUGCUGAUAUGUCUCUCAGCCUGGCCCUGCUGGGGGUGGACUUUUCUCUACUUUUUUUAGCCUGUCUCUGUCCUCCAGACCUGCAGGGUUUGACUGCAAAUGCUAUGAGAUUGGACCAGCUGCUUGGAGUUAACAAGGAUCAGUAAUUCUGUUCAUGGGUGUUUGGUAAAUGUUCUGCCUUCCUGGAGGAUUCAGACAUCUCACCAUUUGUUUAAAAAGUGAAGGAAAAGAUGCCCACCUUCAUCUUUUCUUACUAAAAUUCUCCCCAGGUUAUAUGGGGAAGCUGUGUGCCAACUUGAGAUCCUGUAAGAGACCUUAGAUUCUGUUUUUCCUGGUGAUGACUGGUGGAGGUGUACCACUGCUUGCAGCAUGGAGAACCUUACUUCACCAGCACCCUGCAACCCUUUGACCUGCAGCUCUUCAGCAGAUGAGAACCUGCAAGCCUCCAUGUACCCUGAUGGGAAGGAUGUUGGAGCUUCCACCUCUCCCCAGCAGGAACAUCUCCUCCCAGUAUGACACGUUGUUCUGGUAACCAGCUGGAUUUCAUUGUGAUUGCUCUGUUUCUCCAGCUGCUGCUUGGUGUCUUGAGGAGUCUCAGAAAUGCUGUUCCACACUCUGAAAGCCAUGACUCUGGGAUGCUGUGGGACAGAGACUGGAAACCAGUGCCAGUGAGCAGGUGAAGGCAGGAGUUUAUGUGUGUGCUGCUGGAGCGAGGAGGUAGAAAGGCAAGGAAACAUAACUGGGCAGAGGAAGUGUGUAAAUAACCUCCAGAACCCACUGCCACAAGACUUUGAAACUCAUGCCUUAGCAGGGUUACAGAUAAGACAGUGAAGUGUUAUUGCAGGCAAUAAGGGCAGUUCUCAGUUCUCUGGGAGCGGAUGCAGUCACACAGCUGCAAACCCUCCAACUGGGCAAGGCCGGGCACUCGCUGCAGAGAACAGGGGGACACUGUGCAGGUGCCCUCAGGUCCCAGAUAGUUCCAUGCAGAGCCUUUGCCCUUCCUCAGUGACAGAACAGGCCCUGCACAAGCACAUUGCCACUGCCACUUUCCCUCCAGGGGAAAGGAAGGGGACAGAGGCUGAUGUAGGAGUGUGACACAGUUUUGGGGGCGCUUCCUUGUGCAUGCACCCUCUGCUUUGCCUGUACAGCCUUCAGCAGUCCUACAGCCCUGAGCUGCCUGAAGGCUGUCCCUGCCUGUCACUGCAGCCCACACAAGCAGGCACAGUGGGGCACCAUUCCCUAGAUCACUUCGGGCCAACCACCAAACCACCACAAUCAUUACAAGCUCAGAGAGCUUUGGGGAGAUGCAGCAGCCCACAAUUUUGUUCAUGCAUCCCCAAAAUACUUUUUGUCACCUUAAGUUCUGAUCUCAUUACACUGUACCAGGGUGUGAAGCUGGAAGUGUUUGGCUGUCCAAGAACUGUGGUGGCCAUGGGCUCGUAGGCCAGACCUCAGUUGCAGAAAUCCAAACAGUUCCCUUGGAGCCAAGAGGUCACCAGUGCCCAGCAGCCCCAAAGCUGUCCCGGGACAAACACACAUCCACUCAGUGCUGGGUGUCCUUGUCCAGCUCAGCUGUGCCCCAGGCCCCCCCUGCCCUGAACAUGCAGGGACCUUUGAGUCUCAGCUGGAAGUGAAUCAAAGAAGACACAUAACACACAUUUGAUGUGUAAAGCUGAAACAACCAGUGCAUAUAUUUUUUUAUAAUGAAAUAAGUAGCUUUCUUGCAGAUUUCUCACAGGCACACAAACUGUUGAUACCUUUAAUUACCUAUCAUGCUUAAUAUCUGUUCCUGCACACCAGGCUCCUUUCUCCAUUUUCUUCCUUUCAAUUGCUGUUCAACUUUUUGCUGGUGUAUAUUGUUUUACAUUGUUAAAAUGUCAGGUUUGUCUCACUGGUAUAAUUUUCUAGUAUUAAUGUUACUGUUUGGCUACGCAGCUGUAUAUUCCCUAUGCUGCUGUGAGAGUCACAAUUCUCAUCCUUUUAUUUCUUUUCAUUUCUUGUUACAUGAAACAUGCAAUUCAGAUAAAAACCUCUAUCAGCUUUUUGUUGACUUGAUUCUUACUUAACAGGCAGCAAAGUUCUGGUUUAAAUAGUUCAAAUGAGAUAACUUCUAAUUUAGAGUUUGAGAUUUUUUUUACAUUACUAGCUAACAAUCAGCCCAUGAAAUAUUGCUGUGUAAGAAAACAACCAUUUUACUAGAACACUGUAUAUGGUUUUGAUCUCAUUAGUAAUAGGUGUUUGAAGGAAUCAUUGUGUCUUUUCUAAUCAAUACUUUUGUUAGAAAAGAAGUGUUUAGCCAGCAGAAAUCUACCAUCUACUUCUGUUACUGUAUUCCCUUGCUUGUAUUUUCAAGUUAAAUUUCAUUUUCUGCACAGUGCAUAAAGAUGUGUAACCAGAACUUGAUCUUGUUUGAAGGUUGUGUCUGUGUUUGGUUCCAUGCUGUACUUAUUAUAACUUUCUUUCUUCAGAAACUGUUCUUACUCCACAAAUACUCUUUAGUGUUAAAGUGUAAGAAGACUUUGUCCUUAUAUUCCUUAACUAAUGGGUUAUUAAUAAAAUGUUUUUUAAAAAGA